AAUGAGGAUCGUGGGCUAAGAAGUUUGGAUUCCUCGGUUCUGGAGAUGAUUGAGACAGACAGAAAAUGUGCGGAGGAGGAGUUAGAUGGAGAAUGUGUGGAAUUGGAGCUGUCUCCUAAAUAUGACGAUGAUUUAGAAAUAAACAAUGUCUUAAAGGGGUCUAAAAUGAUCCAGAUGCCUUUUGAAUUUGAACUUUUACCCCUCCUACAAGAAGUUGUGACCGUGACUAAAGAAAAAGAUGUUGCAGUCCUCAGUCGGUUGUGCACUGGUGUUCUGGAGCUAUCAAACUGCUACUCCCAAGCAACGAGGCAAGCUUUAGCCAUUGUGCUUGAUGUCGACUGUAAGACUUUGGAACGCUUUCGGGCUGAACUGGUGUCACUGGCUCCUCUGCUGGUCCAGACAGCUCAAGAGAUGGCCAUGAGCUCCUUGCUGGGCACGGAGAACGUCUACAGACUAUGUAUACAGUUUUCUGACCUCAUCAACAACAUUCGCAAGGUUCUGCUGCCAGGAAGCGAACCCUGGUUUCACGUCAUUUGCGCCGAGCUGCGGCGAGCUCAGUUGACUAAGGCAGAUUUGAAACACCAGCUUGGUGAAAUGAUGAACUGCUGUGCUGACACUGUGCAACUUCUCACGUCAUCACAUGUGACACCUCAAAGUGACACUCAGGAGACGCUGACUCUUUUGCACAACAAACUGAACAAAGCCCAGAACAACACAAGAUAUCUGAUAGAGUUUAGGGCCUCAUCUGAUGGUCAGAUAGAUCAGCUCGAGGGGCUGUGCAUCCUUUGGGGUCUAUCCAUUCAGAUUUUGUUCAAUUCUCUGGACAGAAUUUUGGGAACGUCAGGCACCAUGGGCCAAAACUCUCCUCAAAAGCAACUUUCCGCUUUAUCUGAGAGCUCGCUGAGAAUCCAGGAGGCUGCGAGCCUCACCAGUCUAACUUGUAAAAGUGCUUUUAAAUCAAAAGAGUUGACGGCUUACCAGGGGGAACUGAAGACUCUGACUGAGCGCUACCUUCAAGCUGCAGAGGACCUCGAUGUAACGCCUAGUAUCAUGCACCUCGCAAAGCCAGAGCUCCUUCAAAGGAACCUUAUAAUUAAAAUGAAAGAGCUCUCUGGGCUUUUGAGCAAAGCAAAUACAAAUUAUGACACUCCACUCCACAGUAUGGUCAACAUUGCUCAUUUGGCAGCAGCGCAAACUAAGGAGAACAAAUCAGAAGAAGCACAGCAAAGACUUGAACAUUCCGCUAGUUUAUUUCUUGAAAAUGUAAACGAUGCCACCAAAAAAGCUGAGGAGAGCUUCAACUACAUGCGGGAUCCCCGUGAACGUGCCGACCUGCGCUCCAUCAACACCCAUCUGUCUUUUCUGAUGUCUGAUAUAAUCAGCCAGGUACGUCUCAUGGCACAGACCUGCUCGAUUAGUGACACAUUCAACCUGGAGGUGAAGAUUCAGUGCUGGUCAGCCAAAGCUCACUAUGUGGUGGAGGAGAUUAGUAAGCAAGAUAGGAUCCACCAGGAGGUAAAGGAGAACAUCAGAGCAGGUCUUCAGGGCACGACAACAGGCGGGUGUAUCCAGAAUGUCUACAUGACAUCCAAUGAAAAGAGAUAUAAAGAUACAAAUAAUGCUUCUUGGCAGACACACGAAGAUGCUGCAGAAUCAAAGAUGUCAGCGCGGAUUAAACAUGGAUCCACAAGGACAGCGAAGGAUGUUGUUUCUGGUUCCAAUGAAGCAUCUUCACUGACCUCCGGCUCCUUUUUUCUGAAGCAAGAAACUGCAAGCUGGGAUCCCACAGACAACAAGAUAGUCCAGGAGACCAGGAAGAUGGCAGACACACUGUACAACAUGACCCAGUACCUGAGGAACAGAGGCCCAUUACUGAACAAAGAGGCGUUUGUGUGUGCAGCCAAAGAUGUGAUGUCAAACUGCCAGUCGGUGACCAACUUUAUUCAAGUCAUAGCCAACCACUGCCUGGAUGCACAGUGCGCACUAGAACUGUCCCUCAUAGUGGAGCAGAUUCUCACCAUCACAAACCAGCUCAGCAUCCUUUCCAGUGUCAGUUCUGUAACACUUGGCUGUAAAGCAUCGGAUGAGAUCCUGGUGAAGAACACACAGAAUCUACUCCACACAGUCCUGAAAGGUGUCCAUGCCGUAGAGACUGCCUGCAUCACAGGUUUAAAACAGCCUGAGCCAAACUCGGAUGGAGCCGAAGCGACCACCUUGUGUUUCCAGUGGAAGAGGAACUUGGAGAUCCAUAGAGCCCAGCAAACCUCCAACCCAAAAACAGAUGAGCUGGGUCUGAGGAAGAUUUCAUUGCACUCCGUCGCACCGAGUCUUGCUUCACCAGUAUAAGAUGGCUCCAACUUGAUGCUUCAAAGGAAAGGUCACAAUAGAGUUGUACCAGAAUUUCUAUCUUGAGGGGAUAAUCCUUCACUUUGACACUUUCAGAGAGGGAAAUCAUGUUUACUAUUAUUAAUUGCGGUUGUAGUUUUGAGUCCUGUAGAAAUACAUAGCUUCAUAGUAACAAGGUGUCUUUACACGGCCCUCUUGUGUAGC